AUGUCUGCAGGUGCAUAUGGUUUGGGGAUCUCGUCCAACAUUCGAAGUAUAUACGGGUUUUUAGCGCACAACUAUGAUCCGAAUCCGGGCGACGAGAUCUUCUUCUUCGGAUUCUCUCGCGGGGCAUUUACGGCCCGGUCGAUCGCUGGUCUGGUCACGAAGCUCGGACUCCUCACCAAGCGUGGGAUGGACUACUUCCCCGAGGUGUACGACGAGUUCUACAAGAGCCCCGCAGAGACCCCUGACUUUCAUUUCUCGGACUCGCUCCUCAAAAAGAUCGGAAAGGAUCGAGUUGACAAGGCCAAGUAUUCGGUGAAGAUUGUGGGCGUGUGGGAUACGGUGGAGUUUCACGGUGCAGGCAUGAGCGGCGAAAAGAUCGAGUUCCACAACGCGAAGCUCUCGAGGAAGAUCCAAUAUGCAUACCAUGCCUUGGCCCUGGAUGAACGUCGUAGCCCUUACGCCCCGACGCUCUGGCAAUGGCCAUCCGGGUAUACGCCAAAUAGUGAUGGGACAGGCCUUCAGGUCAUGAAGCAGGUGUGGUUCAGCGGCGUGCACUCCGACGUUGGUGGAGGGAAGUACGAUCCAAGUUGCUCGGAUGUCACUCUCGCCUGGAUGAUCGCACAGUGCCACGGAGACGGGAAGCUGUCGUUCAUCGACGAAGAUCCCGAAAACCCAGACGACGCGAACGAGUACUAUCUCCUACCUGAUCGCUUGAAGAAGAACCCCAACACGAGGUGGACGAGGCUCGCCAAGGCACCAGAUCCAGACCCGUUGGACACCUUCUGGGACACCGCAUGGGAUACGAUCCAGUCUUUCAGCAGCCAGGACCGCAAGGCACUCGUGCUGGACAACACGAAGGAAAGAAUCCACCGCUCGGUGCGCGAUCGAGACUUGAAGGCCUGGCCCUGCAGUCUCCUUGACGGGACGAACCAAGGCGGUGCGUGGGGUUUGAAGGUCCCCGGCCAAGGUGGUAGGGCGUUGCAGGAGGCAGAACCUGAUCCCGUCGCCGAUGCCAUCGAGGAGAAGUACAUCAACAGGAUCCGUGCUGCGCCCGGCCAGAAGGGCGCUGCUAAGAUCUGA